UUUGGGUUUUUUUUUAAUGUCGGGUGCCUCACAUCUUUCAUGUAUUUGUUUUGUUUUACUAUGAUUCAUGCAUUGCAGGCGAUAAGGAAAGAGGAGGGGAAAGGAGACUGUUUUAAUGUCAGUCCGUCCCACUCGCGUUUGAGUACAAAUGCGGCAGAGCGGAGCUGAAACUGCAUGUUCCACCCCUUGUGACGACUGACUUCACACGCGCGCGCGCGCGCACGCACGCGUCACACGCUUAUCAUCCCACCUUGUGGAAGGAAGUUCAGCCGAGUGGAAGGUUGAUGCCGGCGGCCGGCAGCCACUGACGCCAACUUUAAGUACAUAGUCGAAGUAGACACACUGGGCUUUCAUCUCAGAAGAGAGCAACAAGCCCUGAGGAGCAUACCGAAGCAUACCAGAACUUGACCUGACUCUUGACCCAUUUGAAGAGCAGGAAACCUGAACCGGAACGCACCCACCCCAACGCCGCCCCCCAAAAAAUCACAAUUAAAGCCAUCAUAAGCCACCGCUGGGAGAAUAAGCUCCAAACAGAGUCUGUCGGGGGGGGCUGAAGCGUCAGGAUGCUAGCUAAAAUCCUGGAGGAGAUGUGGGUGGAGCCAGAGGUGCUGGAGGCCUUGAGCGAAGAGCAGAAGAGGAUCCUCUUCCUCAAGAUGCGAGAGGAGCAAGUCCGCCGCUGGAAGGAGAGGGAGGAGCGGGAAGGGCAAGACGGCAGCAGGAGGCCAAAGAAAGCCACCAGUAAGCACGUCAGUUGGCUCCUGGGUCGUGACGGAGACGUGUGCGUCCGUGUGAUCGGGGAAGUGGACGACUUCCGGUCCUCCAAACUUCUCCAGAAUCUUCUCAAUAACAGGCUCCAUCGUGAUAAUAUGAAUGGCAUCCAGAUGGCACACACGCAGGCGGGAAAAAAGCCCCAGCAGCUCGGAUUUGAAGAAGAAACGCGGCUCGCCGUCCCUGAUGGCACCGCUAAUGACCCUGGCUCGCCGAACAUCCAAUCAUCCGAGGACGAGAUGGACUCCUACAGCGCGGAUGAUGACCCGAAGGACCCCGGCGAGGGAAGUGACGGCGAAUCAGGCGGCGGCUCAGACAACCUCGGCGACUGGGCUCCUCUCUGCAGGCCAUGUCUUAGUAGCCAUGGCAACAAAGCAGCACGAGAAGCCCAGCUGUUUGACGCGGAGAGGGUCAGCCCGCGGGCCAGAGACGUCCAAAGUGUUCAAGAGAGGAAAUCGGAAUAUGGAGGCCGAGUGGCCCAGCUCAGGAAAGCCUUUGGAUCGGAUUCUUCUCACAGCUUCAGCAAACCUCCUUUACCUGCCAGACCUGCUCAUCGACUGACCAGAGGCGUGUCGUUGAUCCAUUAGCGCUCCGCUCGCCCUGCUUUGAAAAACAAAGCUUCGACCCCAAAGACAGUGAUGGCCCGUGACUAUUGUUACAAGUACGGUACUGUACUAUGUAAACAGAACUUACAUCCUCGAGAUAUUUGUGGUACAGGCUCAGGCCACAUGACAGCAAAACAGGACCCUGACUUGAAAGAUGCAAAGAGAUUAAUCACCAUCAAGGACAAUAUGCAAAUGAAAAAAUGAUAAUCAAUGACUCUUUUCCUAAUGAAUUUACGCUCUGUGUGUGUUGUGUGUGUGUGUGUGUGUGUGUGUGUGUUGUGUGUGAGAUGCAUUUGUAAAUAGCGUAUUGACCUGAGCGAUCAAAAUAUUUGUCGUUGUGUCUUUUCAUUUUGAGAAAAAAACAACAAUAAUAGGACAGACACAGCUCGCAGGAUUUUACAAGAAAAUUUAAAAAAAAGUUCAUUCCUGCUGGCACAAGAACACCAAAAAUGAAGCGACUAUGUUUUGGUGAGGAUCUGGAUGACGGCAUCAUCACCAUUCACCAUCGUUUAUAAUGAAAUAUAGUAAUAAUCCAGUAAUUACAGUAUUACUACAACAACUAAACUUACCCUAACAUUGCUUCGCCUUUAUUGGUGAACUGCAUUUUUUUUCCUCCAGGUCAAAUCAUGUUUCAUGAGUGAACACAGUGAAUGACGUUCUCAUAAAGAAUACCAAUGAUUUAGUGUUCAGACAUUUUUAACAUUGUCAAGUUACAUUGUGCACUUUCUCAUAAACGUCAUAAAAUACAGUAUGGUGCAUUCACCCGCAAGCUACUAGUACUACCAGAGAAGUGCUCGAUGUUAACAAGUGUCAUUUUAAUAUUUUCACUCGUGGUUCUCGUAUAGCACACACUUUUCAACUAGUGCACAGUUUUGGCUCAUUCGGUAAUAUGUAGUCAUUUUCUUAGUGCACCCUGUAGUUGUUCAACAAGUGCGCUGAAUUUUCUCACGCGAAUAAAAAGAAAAAGAAUAUUAGUACAUGGCCAGUUCCAGCUAAUAAUACGCCUUUUUUUUCCCCCGCAGCAGUGCAAGUGUACUGAAACUCCUUAACAGUAUGCUAUUCAGUGUACUGGAGAACACAGCUAGCUAAAAGGAGUCAUACCAUGUUAAAUAUUUACAGAGCAAACUGUACUGUGUCCCUUUGGGGUGGGGGUGGGGGGGGGGUCCAAAAAAACAACAAACAAACAAACCCCAUGUCGAAACAAAAGGUGUUGCCAUUUCAGUGAAAAGGGGUGUGCUAUAAUGCAGGGGUGUCAAACUCACUUUUGUCGCAGGCCAUACUGGAGUUACGGUUUCCCUCAGAGGGCCAUUAUGACUAAAACUAUAAUCUUUUACCGCCUCAUCAUAUUUACACAGCAAAUUGAUAAACUCGUUUUGAAUCCGAGAUCAAAUGUGAUGGGGGUUUUUCCAAACAUUGUUCAUAUUAGGUCAGACAAAAAUGUUUAUAAUAUCUCAACAUUACCAUUUAUGAUAUGUGACAAUUUGAAAAUUUUGGCACAGAUUUUCAGAAUUAUUGUGGAAGUCAAGCGCAAUGGGGUUUUUCCAAACAUCGUUCAUAUUUGGUCACACAAAAAUGCUCAUGAUAUCUCAUGGUUAUCAUUUAUGAUAUGUUUGAAAAUAUUGGUACAGAUUUUCAGAAGAAUCGUGGUAGUUGAUGCAAUUGAUUUGCCUUCGCGGGCCGCAUGAAAUCAUGCGGCGGGCCAGAUCUGGCCCCCGGGCCUUGAGUUUGACACCUGUGCUCUAAUUGGAUGAAGUGACGCAUUCUCGUGUUUGAAAUUGCAUCGAAUCGUAACAUAUUGUCACUAAAUUGUUUUGAUAUUUUGAAGAAGAAAAAAAAAUUA